GAAGCGCCAUUAGGAUUAAACUGCUUGUAGCAGAGCAGAGCAGCAAUGGAGGCUGCGGUAGUUACGAGGGUGCCCCGCCCUCUCCCCGCCGCGGGGAGGCCCAUCCUCCUGGCUGCCCUGGCGCGCUCCGGCGGCGGGUUCGCCUCCAUCUCCGCUCCUUCCUCCUCCACCAGCGGGGGCGGCGGUGGGGGCCGCUUCUCCGCGGGUGGCGGCGGCAGGGGAGGCGGGGACGACUCCGGCGCCGGCGCUGCAGCGGCCUCCGCGGCUGUGGCGGCUCUGGGUGAGGCCGAGCCAUCGGACGGCGACGCCGACGCCAUCGUGCUCCAUGUCGGGGGGAUGUCGUGCAGCGGAUGCGCUGCCAAGGUCAAGCGGAUCCUCGAGAACCAGCCUGAGGUUGCUGCAGCCGCGGUUGAUGUUGAGAAGGCGACCGCCGUUGUGUGGACGACACCCGAAGCGAAGGCGACCAAAGAUUGGCAGAAGCAGCUGGGCGAGAAACUCGCGAAUCACCUCACCACCUGCGGAUUCCAGUCUCAUGUGCAAGAUGAAGGCGAAGCUGAACCAUCUGAUUCUUGACAUACGCACUACUGCACAAGCCAAUGAGUGCCCUAGGAAGUCUUUACCAUCGAGGCAGGGUCCUUGCGUGAAGACAGUUCCUCCUAUUUGAGAACUUGUACAAGCACAAUAUGCGGCUCUACGAAGUACAUUUUUUUACUGAGAGUUAUACGGUGCUGAAUAGGUUUGGAGUCUAAGUACUCGUGUAAUUUCUAACUAUGUGGUCAGAUUUGUUUCUUUAUGGUCGUAGACAUUCACAUGUGAAUGUUGUGAAUGUUCAAGAUCAGAUAUUUUCCUUAAUUAAAAAAUACGGUGCUGAAUAACUUAUACUCAAAAUAACAGCUAUCAGAGCAUUAUUACAUCCUGAAA